UUUGCGGCCUCCGGUCACACUGUCGCUGGGAUCAAUAAGUUUACUUUUCUUCUUUUGCCUUGUUUUUAUUUUCCUCCGCGAUCGCUGGGUUUUCGCUAGUGGCAUUACAUCAUUGCAGGGUGGGGAUCAGCCCAGCCCGGCCAGACGCGACACGAUGACGGAGCAGCACAUGGAGCUUGAGAGCGUUCGUCUGGCGACGUUCAGGGAAUGGCCCCUCAACGCCCCCGUCUCCGCCGAGGAGUUGGUGACCAACGGAUUUUUCGCCACGGGAAACUGGCUGGAGGCCGAGUGCCACUUCUGCCACGUGCGCAUCGACCACUGGGAGUACGGCGACCAGGUGGCAGAACGCCACCGACGCUCCGCGCCAAUCUGCUCCAUGGUUCUGGCCCCGAAUCACUGCGGAAAUGUUCCUCGGAGCCAAGAGAACGACCAGGAGGGUAACACCGUAGUGGACAGCCCACCCUCCUGCGCCACACCCGAUCUCCUGCUGGAGGCCAACCGCUUGGAGACCUUCAAGGACUGGCCUAAUCCCAACAUCACGCCCCAGGCGCUGGCCAAAGCGGGCUUUUACUACUAUAAUCGCCUGGAUCACGUAAAGUGCGUUUGGUGCAACGGAGUGAUUGCCAAGUGGGAGAAGAACGACAACGCCUUCAACGAGCACAGGCGCUUCUUUCCCCAGUGUCCCCGGGUGCAAAUGGGUCCCCUUAUUGAGUUUUCAGCUGGCAAGAACCUAGAUGAGCUCGGCAUCCAGCCCACCAGCCUACCGCAGCGUCCAAAAUACUCCUGUGUGGAGGCCAGAAUGAGGACCUUCUCCGAUUGGCCCAUACCGAAUAUACAGACGGCAAAUGACCUGGCACAGGCUGGCCUAUACUACCAGAAAAUAGGCGACCAGGUGCGCUGCUUCCACUGCAACAUCGGACUGCGCUCCUGGCAGAAGGAGGACGAGCCCUGGCACGAGCACGCCAAGUGGUCACCAAAGUGCCAGUUCGUGCUACUGGCCAAGGGGCCAACCUAUGUGAACGAAGUGCUCGAGGCAACGGCAGCCAACGCCAGAUCCCCCCCAGCCACUGCACCGGCUCCUUCGCUUCAGGCAGACUCUCUGAUGGACGAGGCUCCGGCCAAGGAGGCCCUGGCCUUGGGCAUCGAUGGUGGAGUGGUGCGCAAUGCCAUCCAGCGCAAACUCUCGAAUUCCGGAUGCGCCUUCGCCACGUUAGAUGAACUUCUGCAUGCCAUCUUCGACGAGGCGGGCUCUGAGGCUGCUCUAGAGGUGCGUGAGCCCCCUCAGCCGAGCGCUCCCUUUAUGGAAACCUGUCAGGCCACCACCAGCAAGGCAGCAGCGGUACUGGUGGCUGAUGCCAUCCCGGCCAAACCACAGGCAGAGUCGAAACCCGAAAUCUCUAGGAUUACAGAGCAGCUAAAGCAGGUGUCGGUGUCGACUCCGAAUGGCAACCUGUCGCUGGAGGAGGAGAACCGCCAGCUGAAGGAUGCACGCCUCUGCAAGGUGUGCCUGGACGAGGAGGUGGGCGUGGUAUUCCUCCCCUGCGGCCACUUGGCCACCUGCAACCAGUGCGCCCCCAGCGUGGCCAACUGUCCCAUGUGCCGCGCCGACAUCAAGGGAUUCGUACGCACCUUCCUCUCGUGAGGCGGACAUCCACACCAUACCGAGUUUAUCAGCUAGUUGUUAAGCAAAACGAUUGAAUGCACCCACACAAACUACUACAGCGAAGUUCAAAUUAUCCGGUGAUUAGUUAAUGGAAUACCUUUAAUCGUCUACUAAGUACUUGGCUAACUGCAGCUGUCCGUUUUUACCUUAGCUACGGCUGUAAGUUUUCGUUACUAACUAUCGCCUUGUGUCCGAGCGAGUCCUUUUAGCUCUCUAUUUCGCACGGAAAGGGUAUCAGAGCUUCGGCACGACCGCAGAUCACUUAUUUCUUGUUAUCGUACUCUUAUUAACACAUGUAUGUAUUUUUGUUGAUCAUGUUUAUACGCCGCUGAUAGUAUGGUAUACACACAACUAUAUGAAAAGUACUGCGAAAUACAUAUAUAUGUAAAUGUU